AAAUUAGAAGAAGUAACCAUAAGAGCAAAACAAAAACAAAACCUUUAAUUUGAAAAAAAAACUGUUCCCGUUUCCCGUGAAUAUUUGUUUCUGUUGUUGGGUUUUUUGGAUCAAAAUGAACAAACCAGAACUAGAAGGAACUGCUCAUUUACUGGACGAACUCGACAAAAAGUUGAUGGUUUUACUCAGAGAUGGAAGAACUCUCAUUGGAUACCUGAGGAGUGUGGAUCAAUUUGCAAAUCUAGUACUACAUCAGACCAUAGAGCGCAUACAUGUAGGAAAAGAGUAUGGGGACAUACCUAGAGGUGUAUUCAUAGUAAGAGGAGAGAAUGUUGUAUUACUUGGAGAAAUUGAUUCCAGCAAAGAAAGUGAACUACCUUUAACAGAAGUAUCUGUAGAUGAUAUAUUAGCUGCCCAAAGAAGAGAACAGGAAUUGAAGCAAGAGAAACAGAAGUUGCUAUCAAAAGCUUUGAAAGAAAGAGGAUUACAUCUCCUAGCAGACCUCACUCAUGAUGACAUGUUCUGAGCUGCUAAGUUGAAAUUAUAUAUUUUCCAUAUUUAUUAAUGAGACUUAUUUCAUUUUUUAAACAGUAUAUUAAAACAAAAUUAUAAGAAUACUUGUAUAUAAAAAUUACAUAUUGAUACUAUUUGCAUUUAUAAUUGAAACCUAUAAAAGCUAACUUCCAUCAAAAAGAUGUUUCAAAUACAAUAGGUGUUCCAUUAGCAUCAAAUUGCUUUGGUUUCAACAACAAUUCUUUUUCAUCAUUUUCAGUCAUAUCAACGUCGUCAUCAGGUUUAUUUCCAUCCAAACAAUAAAGCAGAGAUUCACUCAGCUUAUUUUGGCUCCAGUCAUUGAGAUCAUCAGUAGAAUUGAAGUCGUCAGUCCUACUAGAAAAACUAGAAUCUUCGUCAUCAGAUAAAGUCAGGAUGUCUCUGUUACUCAGAUAAUCCUUGAAUGUUUCUGAUAAUACUGUGGGGGGCUCACUAUUAUUCAUUUUGCUAGUGCUAGACUUAGUUCCUAUGUCACCUUCACUUUUGGACUUCUUAAAUUCUUUCUGAUCAUUGACAUUAGGAGUUUCUGAUACUUCUUCAGU